CUCCCUCUCACUGUCGCAGACUGCAGAUCUCGUGUCUAAACAGUGCCUACGCAGUGAACGUCUCUCUCAAGAUGUCGUCGUCCCAUCGGUCGAAUCAGGAAAAUCUCGAGACGACGCUCGAGUCCUUCAUUGAAAACGUGCGUCUAAUCAACAUAAUGGUGGCGGAUUUUCAGCCCCAGGCCCAAACUGUGCUAAAUCAGAAGAUCCAGAAGAUCGUCACGGAUCUGCGCGACAUCAACAAGUUCAAGACUGAGAUGAUGGAUGUGCAAAUACCGAUGGAGGUGUUCGAAUACAUUGAUCAAGGCUACAAUCCGCAACUGUACACUAAGGAUUGCAUGAGCAAGGCCUUGGCUAAAAAUGAAGAGGCCAAGGGUAAGAUCGAUGCUUACAAAAGAUUCAAGGCCAACAUGCUUGUGAAACUUAGCAAGACGUUUCCGAGGGAGAUGAACGCUUAUCGGGCUCUCGUCGAGACUCGCCGCAAUGCUCGUCGCGAUGACGAGAGUGAUUUGGACGAGUUGUAAUCUCGCGUCUGAUUUCAUUUGUGUUUAUAUGAUAAUUAAAGUAAUUUUGCACUAGUAGUAUAUCUCUGACAUGAUAUUUUGAUUUUUCAAUUUUCAAUUAUAUGAUUAAUAUAGAUCUAGCUAAUUAAUAUACAAGUAUUUUUGCAAAAAUAUUUUUCUUGGAUUGUUUAUUUUUAAACUUUUUUGUGUUUAUUUUUCAAUUUCAUAGAACAGCUCAUUUUUUAUUGCAACGUUUUAAAACGUUCGUUUUGAAAGCAAUGUUUUAAAAUCGUAUGUGCUCUUAUCUUAUCAAAAGCUGAG